AUUUUCUAAUUGAAGUGGUUUUUCGGUUUGCAUUUUUUUUUUUUUUUCAUUGCUAUUGCUCCUCCAGUUUGUAUUAUUAUGUGUUUGACUCUUUUUUCUUCUUCUUCGUCUUCUGGUUAUUAUUUAUUAAUAAUUAUUAUGACAAUAGUAACUACAAGUAAUCCACGUAUAACAUUUAGUAGUGUCACUUCUGAGACAAUUCCUCAAUUAAUGGACUUACAUGCCCGUGUAUUCCCUGUACAAUAUGGAGAAAAAUUUUAUAAUGAGGUCCUUCAUUCAGAGGAACUUGCUAAAAUAAUUUACUAUGAUAAUCAAUGUGCAGGUGCUAUUUGUUGUCGAUUAGAAUCAAAUAAAUAUUCUAAUUUCACAGCAAGAAUCUAUAUGAUGACUCUUGGGGUAUUAAAAUUGUAUAGAAACUUGGGUUUAGGAAGCAUGCUUAUAGAACAUAUAAUGGAAUAUGCUAGAAAAACAACAAAUCCAAUGAUAACAUCUAUUUAUUUGCAUGUACAAACUGUCAAUGAGAAAGCUAUUAGGUUUUACAUGCGCAACGGAUUUCGUAUACACAGCUUUGUACCUGAUUAUUAUAGAUUUAUUGAAAAUAGAGACGCUUAUAUUCUAUCAAGGCCAGUUUUUCAUCUUUAUGAAGGCAAUAGCAAAACAUGAUAAUAGUAGGUCGAUUAUAGAAGCUAUUUAUGUGUAUAUCAUUUCCUCCCUUUUUUAUUAUUGUUAUUACUUCUUUGUACAUAAUUAUCUAACAAUUCACAUAUCAAACGUAUUUAUUUUAUUUUAUCUCUUUUU